UGGUUCAAAAGAUGGGAAUUUUAUAGGAAUAGGAAAAGUAUAGGAAAUGAGGUGUAUGCAUUUCCAAUCCUAUGGCUGCUCAGAUCAUAGGAAUAGGAAAUUAAAUGCCCUUUGGUUCACAGGAUAGGAACACACAUAGGAAACAUAAAGAAAUAAUAUUUUAAUUUAAAGCAACUAGCCGUUAGUUGCUCUCAAGCAACUAGCCGUUACAUGGCUGUACUAGCUUUCUCUCCCUAUAUAUCAUCUUGUUGUGGAGAUCAAAACACACACAUCUCAUCUUCAGAAUACACACAAAUCUCAUCUUCAGUUUAUGGUUAGCUAACCAAAGAAGGAACCCCUCCAGCAGCUUCUAGCAUGGUCGUCAACAACAACCAGGAUAACAUAAACAACAGCAUUUCUUGCUGAUUUACACACAUUUCAAUGGAUCCAAGCUAUUACAGGAGGUCACAGAUGGAGGAUGAAUUCAUGUUAUUUGUCUUCCCUACCAUGGAAGAAGGAAGGGAGAAAAAACCAAUGCAUACAUCUAGUCUUACAGGAGCUGCUUAUGUCCAGGAAAUCUUAAAUGGGCAUGAAAGCUUAUGCAGAAGGCAUUUCAGAAUGGAGGCUUACAUCUUUCAUGCUCUAGUUGAGAAGCUGCGUGAGAAUGAAAUACUUGAAGAUUCUACAAUAGUCUCCUUGGAAGAAAAGGUUGCCAUAUUUUUAUAUGCAGUUGCAAAAAAUGCUAGUAAUGAAACCUUGCAGGAUAGGUUCCAGCACAGUGGGCAAACCAUCAGUCGACACUUUGGAGAUGUACUAGAGGCAAUUACAAAGCUUGCAAGCAUCUAUAUACGCCCACCUUCUCUUCGACCACAUCCAGUCUUGAGGAGAUCACAUUUCCAUCCCUACUUCAAUGAUUGCAUUGGUGCUAUUGAUGGUACACAUAUUCCAGUGACUAUCUCACCACAUGAACAAGAGCCAUAUCAAAACAGAAAGCAAACAAUCACACAAAAUGUUAUGGUUGCAUGUGACUUUGAUUUGAGGUUUGUGCAUGUGCAUCCUGGCUGGGAAGGAUCAGCCUCGGAUGCAAGGGUUCUCCAAGAUGCACUUAACCAUGGAUUUCAGGUACCUCAUGGUAAAUAUUAUCUUGUAGAUGCGGGCUACGCAAACACACCACAGUUUCUUGCCCCAUACCGUGGAACUAGAUACCAUUUGCAAGAACAAGCACAAGUACGUCAAAGGCCGCGGAAUCGUAGAGAACUAUUCAACCUUCGCCAUGCACAAUUACGGAAUCAUAUAGAGAGAAUUAUUGGCAUAGUGAAAAAGAGAUUUCCAGUUCUGAAAGUUGCUACACACUAUUCCCCCGGCAAACAAGUUGACAUAUCAAUGGCAUGUUGUGUCCUACAUAAUUUCAUUCGGCUUCAUGAUGGAGAUGUCUCAUGGCUCAACAAUGACACUCCAGAUAUUGACCCACAUCUAAUUGUGGACGUGCCCACGGGAGAUGAAAACUACACUAGUGAUGUUGGAGCAUUCAAUAACACAAGAGAAGCAGGAAACCACCUACGGGAUUAUAUAGCAGAUAAACUGUGGGAGGACUAUAUUGCAAGAAGAGCUUGAUAUAUGCAUUGUAACGUGUACCGCAAACAAAUGUAUGGCAAAAAAAUGUACUGCAAACCAAGAUUAUGGCAUGUCGAAAUUGUAAUAUUCAUUAAAGCAAAGUACUAGAUGCCAUGUUCGUUUUCUGCAACUACUACAUGCUUGCUCUUUCAUUUUCUGCAGCAAGUAGUUCUACCAAAAUAUUACCCAGCCA